AUGGCCUCAACUUUACUCUUAUUUUUAGCAAAACUUGAAACUCAAUUUCUUCAUCACCUAACAUCAUCAACAACUACAAGCGCUCCAUGUACUACUGAUGAAUCUGUUGAUUCUAUAAAUACAAAUAGUGCCUUAAACAACACAAAUAAUAAUGUUAUUGAUGAAAAUAGAAUAUUAGAGUCGUCAAACAGUGACCAGAUGGAGUGGAAACAACAUUCAUUACCUUCUACUAAAUUUGAAUGUAAAAAUGAAACAGGCACAUUUACAACAAAAAAUGAACCUAAUGAGGAUGUUUCUGAACAAUUAGAAACAACAACAACAUGUUUUUCUUGUCAGCGAAUUUCUGAUUGUCUAGUAUUAAAUGUUCGUUCAAAAAUGGUUCGGUGUAUGGAAUGUUUCCAACAAAAACAACAAACAUUGUUUAAUAAUACCAACAACAAUAAUAAUGAAAAUGGGUUUGCUGCUGUUUUGGAGGGAUUGCAGCAAAGCAUUGAAAACAAAAAGAAACGAAUUUCUCCCCCAUUUUCUGCAUUAGAAUUGGCUUCUUCUCCUGGGGAAAUUUUUGGAGGAACGAAGCGAACGAGAGUAGAAAGUGAACAUUGA